CAACAACAACAAAUGCCGACGACCAUUGACGAAGAGGAGCUUGAGGAUGAAGAUGCGGAGGAAUUGGAACCGGAGACGGCCGAGGAGGAGGGUGCCGGCAGCCACGACGCCGACGCGCCUGCCUCAUCCCAAACCGCCACCGGUAAUAAAAAAAAGUAAGUCUGAACUAAUGAAAAAUAAUUUUGAUAAAUGGAAGGACCCACAAACCGGCUAUUGGCACGCAACUUGCAAGUGGUGCAACAACAAUUAUAGUUUGGGAACCUCCGGCGGAUACGGAUCCGCCGCAAUGCAUCUUAAGGCAAAGCACCCCGUGGAGUAUGCAAAAUUAGGCGGCGGAACGGGGAAGCAAACUCAAAUAUCGAGGUUUGCGAAUUCUCAACCUUUUGGUAAUUUCUCCUACAAUGAUGCACAAAAUUUGACUGGUAUGGCUAACUUAAUUUGUGAAGAAAAUUUGCCUUAUUUGUUUUCUGAAAGUCUUGCUUUAAGAGAUUAUGCACAAGGUAGUUUAAAUCCUCAAUUUAGAAAUUAUAGUCGCAAAACUGUUAAGAAAGAAAUAAUAAG